AUGGUCACGUCCAGCCAAGCGUUGGCCUCGAUAGGCUAUCUUCUUCUCUUUGCAGGUGCAGCAUCCGCUGAUUUCCGCGAUGUCUGUGAUGCAGACUGCGAAUCUGCCAUCCGGAAAUCACUGGUCUACGAUACCAGCAACUGGGUGAACGUCGAUGUCACACUCGACUCUUUUUACUCCAACCCUUCCAACCUCUCGGACUACGCCGUCGGUGACCUCGUCAAAUGGCAAGACAUUACCGCGACACAGGCCUCCAAGAUUUGGACCAUCCCCGCAGGAAUGUCCCUUUCUCGCUUUUUCUACAUGAGCGAGGACGUCGAUGGCAAGCCUAUUCCAGCAACAGCGUUUGCCCUCCUCCCGUGGGCGAAUCCGCUCGGAAAUGACAAGCCUUUCCGGACCUUGGCUUGGGCACACGGCACCGCAGGAGUUCAGCGCCAAUGCGCCCCUACAAAUCAUAAGGCCCUCUAUUACGAGUGGGAAGGCGUCUUCCCACUGGCCCAGGCGGGAUAUGCCGUCAUCGCCCCGGACUACGCAGGACUCGGUAGUGAUAUCCCGCAAGGCUUCAUGUAUGAGGCCGGGGCCCUUCACGCUGGCGAUGUUUCUCAUGCCCUCAAGGCCGCACGUGCUGCCCUUGGCGAACGUCUCUCCAAAGAGUGGGCUGUCAUCGGACACAGCGAGGGCGGUUUGACGGCAUGGCGCACCAAUGAGCGUGAAGCCCAAGAUGGCAAGGCAAGCGGCGGCUUCCUCGGCGCAGUCUCGGUUGCUCCAGCUCUACGACCUCUUAGUCUCAUCCCCGAGUCAUUCGAGCGCGCCAAAGGCGGACCCGUCGGCGACGUUGUGUCCGUCUACUGCCUUCAGUCCGUCUCCAAGCUGUACAGCUCCAUCAAGGUCGAAGACUACGUCAGUGACAUCGUCGCAAGCCUAAUUCCCAUUUCAGACAAAGGCUGUCUCCCGACUGGCGGUACUGUCUUUGGUCAGCUGACCGUGGAGCAAUUGUACAAGAACACGAGCUGGCUCACACACCCCGAUGUGGUGGACUGGCAGAACCGCUACAACGGAGUUGGACCGCAUGCACUAGCUGCUCCAAUGCUUGUUGUCCAAGGUGUCAACGACACAUUGACUUACUCUCACACCAUGGAAGAGGACUUGGAUGCCACCUGCAAGAGCUUCCCAGACUCUGCUACGGAGUUGCUGCUUUACCCUGAACUUGACCACGACCCUGCGUUCCAGGCUGCCCAGGUGGACUACCUGCCUUGGCUUGCUGAUCGCUUCAACAAGGUUCCGGUGAAGCAGGGGUGCAGCAAGAGGACAAUUGGCCCUGCUACAACACACCCGGCCUUGACGCAGCAAAGUUGGUCUGGCACUGUUCAGGCCGGCUAG